UUCAAGCAAGUCACAAGCACUCGAAUAAAAAGACAGUCUCAACUAUCACUUGCAAAGCACAAUCUAGUUAAAAAUAUUUCAGACCACAUUCUUUAAUUGGGGACAUAAAAGAAUAAAAGAGAUCUUCCAACACAGAUAAAAACUCAAAGAUAAAUUAUAACUGUGGAUUAGAACAUAAUAUUAAAGGAAAAGAAAGCCUUUUUUGUGAGCACCCAAAUAAUUCCUCCUCUGUAUACAGUGACACAAAAGCAUUUUCAGCUUUCAGGUUUCGACAAAUCCUGUUGUAACAACAACUCCCUCCCUUCCCCGCCUCUCCUUUCUUAAUUCUCCCACAGCUCAAAAAAUGAGAUGGAGAACCUGGUAUUUAUCUUCCAGCACCAUCAGCAGUUUCUACCUCAGAUUUCCCUGUUGCUCUUUAUCUGCAAGUUAACUUGUCGGAGCUUCGUCACUAAUACUCGAAGCUGGGAGAUGAGCCCCCGCGUGUGGCUUCUCCUCCUCAGACACUUUGACUGGAAGACACUGACCGAGGGGAGCUAAGACACUGACGGCUCCUGGCAAAAGCCUUUGUCACUUGGUUCUCUGCCGCAGAGAGAAAGCUACAAUCUUGAUCAAAUACGGGGUAACGGUGGGCAAAGAUAAAGGGGACGUCAUGGUGUCAGCUGGGCUCCAGCUCCUUGCUUUCGUCCUGGCCUUAUCCGGAGUGUCUGGAGUACUCACAGCCACUCUGCUGCCUAACUGGAAGGUGAACGUGGACUCGGGCUCCAACAUCAUAACGGCCAUCGCGCAGCUGCAAGGGCUGUGGAUGGACUGCACGUGGUACAGCACCGGGAUGUUCAGCUGCACCCUCAAGUACUCCAUUCUGUCCCUCCCCGUCCACGUGCAGGCCGCACGGGCCACCAUGGUCCUGGCAUGUGUUCUGUCUGCUUUGGGGAUCUGCGCUUCUACGGUAGGGAUGAAAUGCACUCGCUUAGGAGGGGACGGGGAAACAAAGAGUCACGCCUCUUUUGCUGGCGGAGUCUGUUUCAUGUCUGCGGGGGUCUCUGGUUUGAUACCAACAGUGUGGUACACGAAGGAGAUUGUAGCAAACUUUCUGGAUCUGACAGUUCCAGAAAGCAACAAACAUGAACCCGGAGGAGCGGUCUAUAUUGGAUUCAUUUCGGCCAUACUACUCUUGAUCUCUGGCAUGAUUUUCUGCACUUCCUGCAUUGAAAAGAAUCCAGAAGCUUGGCUCUAUCCACCCAAGCAGCAGCACAUCUCCACCACACAACCAGAGGGCAAUUCUGCAUACAACCUGAAAGAUUAUGUGUAAAAAGCUGCAUGAAUAUGGACUUUUUAGAUGCCCGCUGUGACUUCUGUCUUUUGCUUUAGAGAAAGAAAUCUAAAUGAGGUCACUUAAAAUGCCGACAAACUAUUAUGUACCAUUGUUUAUCUGUUUUAAGAUUAUUUUUCCAUUACUAUUUUCAUGUUUUAUCGAGAGGUGUAUAAUUGAGAGAGGUUCUGUUAUAUUAAGGCCAUUAACUGAUGGCUUUUUUCCCCCUUUUAAGAUAAACUGUUGAUGUAUCUUCUGGGUUGUUACUGAUUGGAUCUUAUAAAAGAACUAAACCAUCAAAUAUACAAAAAUGCACCUUUCUCUGGUGUUGAUCUAGGGUACCAUCUGCUUUUGGUGUCUGUCUACAACACCACAGUGACUUGCUUCUGUUUUCAAGCCCCACUGUUUGAACCUAAGGGAAAGAGGAGAUGUCCGCCUGUCCUCAAUGCUGCCCAAACCAGCCUCCCCGAGUUCCCACCUACUAUGACCCUCCUGCUUCUUUUUUCAUUUUAGAAACAUCAUGUACAUGUGUAAGAGCCAACAAUAGGACAAAGUUGGUAAAUGCUACCAUAUCAAAGUGAAACCAAACCAAACUAAACGCACACUGAAAUCUCUGGGACUUGAAAGCCUUACGUACCAAGUGAGUGAGAAUGACAACCGUUUGACUGAGAAUGCGCAACAACUGCCACCUCCGCUGCUAGCAAGAGGAUGUCCCAGAUAAAGUCCGUUUAUCCUACAACAAUUCAGAUCCCU